AUGGCGGCGUCCAAGGACACUCAUGGAGGGAGCUCUAGUCAGGGGCGUGGCAAGUAUUUUCAUCCUAGAGGGAAAAGCUUCAAGAGAGGAGGAUAUGCGCCUCAAGGUCAAGGAGGUUUCAGGAAGAACACUCAGACUCAGUUUCAGUAUGCUAAGGGGAAAGGAAAUCAGAGUAAGAAUUCUCCGGAUUUGACUUGUGUACGUUAUGGGCGUUUCCAUCCUUAUGACUCAUGCAAAAUUGGUUUAGGUGGUUGUUUCAAUUGUGGGUUGCCUGGCCACAUUGCGAGGGAUUGCACUCGUGGGAGGAACCAAAAUGCGGGCCAAAGUCAACAUCAAGGUCGAGUCUUUGUUGUGAAUGCCAAGGAUGCUUCUAAGGCGGAUCCGUCGAUGAGAGGUAUAUGUCUAAUUGGUGAUAAGUCCUUAGUUGAAUUAUAUGAUACUAGAGCUACGCAUUCGUUUAUUUCGUUUGCUAAGGUUGAGGAAUUAGGUUUGAAAGUGUCAGAGUUACCUUUCGAUCUGCAUGUACAUACUCCGCAUCAAACAGUUAUGACUAGGUCAAGAUUAAGUAGGUUUCAAGCUUAA